GCCGGGUAAAGCAUGAAGCUGUACUGCUUGUCUGGGCAUCCGACUUUACCAUGCAACGUACUCAAGUUCAAAUCUACCACCAUCAUGUUGGAUUGUGGGCUCGAUAUGACCUCAGCUCUCAACUUUCUCCCACUGCCUUUGGCCCAGAGUCCAAGGCUAUCCAAGCUCCCAGGAUGGAUCUUAAAAGAUGGAAGCCUUUUCUUGGACAAGGAGCUGAAAGACUGUUCUGGCCGUGUCUUUGUGGACUCUGUUCCUGAGUUUUGUUUGCCAGAGAUGGAACUGAUUGACCUGUCUACAGUGGAUGUGAUCCUGAUCUCCAAUUACCACUGCAUGAUGGCCUUGCCCUACAUCACAGAACACACUGGGUUCACUGGAACUGUGUAUGCCACUGAGCCAACAGUGCAGAUUGGCAGGCUUCUUAUGGAGGAAUUGGUCAACUUUAUAGAGCGAGUGCCAAAGGCUCAGUCUGCCUCCUUGUGGAAAAAUAAGGAAGUGCAACGGAUGCUUCCUGCACCCCUGAAAGAUGCUGUUGAAGUUGCAACAUGGAGAAGAUGCUACAACAUGCAGGAAGUUAACUCUGCACUCAGUAAGAUCCAGCUGGUGGGAUAUUCCCAGAAAAUUGAGCUAUUUGGUGCAGUGCAAGUCUCUCCUCUCAGUUCUGGAUAUGCACUGGGCAGCUCCAAUUGGAUCAUCCAGUCACAUUAUGAGAAGGUUUCUUAUGUCUCAGGAUCCUCACUUCUUACAACACAUCCACAGCCCAUGGACCAGGCUUCUCUUAAAAACAGUGAUGUUCUCAUCCUGACUGGACUCACCCAGAUUCCCACAGCCAAUCCAGAUGGAAUGGUGGGCGAAUUCUGCAGUAAUCUUGCUCUUACAGUUCGAAAUGGAGGAAAUGUGCUGGUCCCUUGCUACCCCUCUGGAGUGAUCUAUGAUCUUUUGGAGUGUCUCUAUCAGUACAUUGACUCUGCUGGACUUUCCAACAUCCUCUUCUACUUCAUUUCACCUGUGGCAAACAGCUCCCUUGAGUUUUCCCAGAUCUUUGCUGAAUGGUUAUGUCACAACAAGCAGACGAAGGUAUACCUACCAGAACCUCCCUUUCCUCAUGCAGAGCUUAUCCAGUCAAACAAACUGAAGCAUUACCCCAGCAUCCAUGGAGAUUUUAGUAACGACUUCAAGCAGCCUUGCGUGGUGUUCACUGGUCAUCCCUCGCUUCGGUUUGGCGAUGUGGUGCAUUUCAUGGAACUGUGGGGGAAAUCCAGUCUCAACACUGUUAUAUUUACAGAGCCUGACUUCUCUUAUCUGGAUGCAUUGGCCCCCUACCAGCCACUGGCCAUGAAGUGCAUCUACUGUCCUAUAGACACCAGGCUGAAUUUUAUCCAGGUGUCUAAACUACUCAAAGAAGUACAGCCUCUCCAUGUGGUUUGUCCUGAACAAUAUACUCAGCCUCCUCCAACCCAAUCCCACCGCACAGAUUUGAUGGUUGACUGCUUGCCUCCACCCAUGUCUUACCGUAGAGCAGAGGUGCUAACUCUUCCAUUCAAACGCCGCUAUGAGAAGAUUGAAAUCACCCCAGAGCUUGCAGAUUCACUGGUACCCACUGAGAUGAAACCAGGUAUUUCCUUGGCAACUGUUAGUGCUGUUUUGCAUACUAAAGAUAACAAGCAUGUGCUCCAGCUCCCACCAAAACUUUCCCAGCCUCAGCCUGGCAAAAAGAGGAAGAGAGUAACAGAUGACGUGCCGGAACUCAAGUCUACCAAACCUCUCUUAAGUGGCUCUAUCCCGGUAGACCAAUUGGUACAGACUCUGGAAAAGCAUGGCUUCAGUGACAUCAAAGUGGAAGACACCCCAAAAGGGCAUCUGGUGCUGUUCCAGGACGUGGAAACUCUAAUCCGCAUUGAAGAAGAUUCGACCCACAUCAUGUGUGAGAGUGACGAGUCACUUAGGGUGAAGCUGCAAGACCUGGUCCUCAAAUUCCUGCAGAAAUUCUAGACUUUAUCCUGCCAAAGUUACACUCCCUGCUCUCCUUAGCCUUCUGAAGAGGGAGAAGUCUAAACAAGGAUUUGGGGUUACAAGGUGGGUGAGCAAGCUUGAAAAUCAUGUCUGCAGUUGCACACCUUUGAUUUGUGAGAGACUCAACGGGUAGGUUUAUAUGAGCCAAAGUAAGGAGACCUGAUUAAUUCUGUCUAGAUACCUUGCUGUAAAAAUGCCCCUCUGUUUAUUAACUGCAGCUUAAAGGAUGAGAUUUAGCUGAUAUUACAACUGCAGCAGAAUCCAGAACAGCUGAUGAACAGCCUUUCCUACCAUCUGUCCUUUUUUACUAAAAUUG